GCUUUUCUUGGUGAUGAAGCGGAGUCGUUUAAGAGCCUAACACCUGAGGAAAGCAAGGCAAGGUUGAGUAAGAUCCUGGAGAAGGUUGAUAUAAACAAGGACGGACUAGUUAGUGUAGAGGAACUCAGGGUCUGGAUUAAGGAUACAGGUAUACGGAGUGUGGUUGAAAGAACGGACAUCUUCUGGUAUAGAUCUAACCCGGAGAAUAAAUCUCAACUCAGCUGGGAUGAAUAUAGAGCAAGGCAGUACGGAUUUCUUACAGAUAGUCUGGAUGCCCGGGAGGAUGGAAGAUGGAUUGGGGAAGAUGAUGUUGAUUCAGAUACUCUCAGGAUAUACAGGAACCUAGAAGAAAGGGAUAGAAGGAGAUGGACGGUUGCUGACAGGAAUAAAAACCUUGAGCUGGAUAAGGUUGAAUUUCGAGGAUUUCUACACCCUGAAUCUGAACCUCACAUGACGGAUAUUCUGGUAAUGGAAACCAUGGCAGACCUUGACAAGGACGGAGAUGGAAAAUUGAAUUUGACUGAAUACGUUCUCAAUAUUUUCGGUGAUACUAAGAGUGUAGCUGACUGGGAAUCAGGAAGUUUACAGUUCAAACAGUACAGAGAUACAAAUAAAGACGGAUUCAUAGAUAAAAAAGAACUCCAGGCCUGGUUGCUUCCUACUGAUUAUGAUCCACAUGAAGCAGAAGCUGAACACCUAGUACUGGAGUCGGAUACUAAUGGAGAUAGAUUACUCAGUAAAGAUGAAGCACUUACCAGGUACAGUAUAUUUGUGUCGAGUCAAGCAACAAAUUUUGGAGAAGAUCUGCACAUUCACCAUGACGAGCUUUAAGUCUUUAUAAUCCAACUUUAUUCCGUUUGUUUUAAUAAACAAAUUUUUGUCAAGCAUUUUGGUAAUUAUAUUUAUGUAAUUAAAAUUUGUAUAAUGUAAUUGAGUAAAUGAGAAAAAAACACCACAAAAAAAGCAAAUAUUUGGUUUUACGACAAACACCGGAUAUGUAAAUUUAAUUGCCAUGUUUACUGAUAAAUGAAUUCCUCCAAAAAAAAAAUAUUCAUGUUCGCUUCACAACGGUACCCUGUAAACACUUUUUGUCGAGCAUGAGUUUACGCGCGUAUGAAUCCAUUGUAAUUGUUAAUAAAUUGGUAUGUAUGAAA